CAGGUUCGGUUUUCGUUAACUUCUUCUUCUGUAUUUUCUCGUACCGACAUGGUCACGGACUCCGACAAUUUCUACCAUAGCAUUCUUGACCUGUUGGAGGAUCCUGAUGAGCAUGAGGAAGUAGCUGACCUCAUGAUGUGGUGGACACGUCGGGUUUUUCCUAAUUCGUCAUCUUCACAGCGCUGUACCAGCAAAAACAGCGCACUGUCAAAAAUUCGGGAAAAACGCGCUGCCUUACAAGAACGAGCCACUGCCGACACUACUUAA